AUGUCGCUUGUUAACCUUCGCCUGCUCACGACCAGUCGGAAAACCACUUUCGGCGUGAUCGCGUCUUCAUCGCGCUCAUUCUCACGGGGCCCAAAUGCCUGCCUCAAUGAUGCCGACCCUUUUGGCUUCGAUCGGUCGCAAUCAACGCAACCACUCAAAUUUCGCAAGCCUGAUACUGCUACCCAGCAAUUGAAUGCGCAAGACAUCCAACCAUCGAAUCAGAAGCAGGCUGCCGAGCGAUCGCCUUCUCUCCUUGGUGGUGAUAUCUUUCGCCGAGUGGCCGAAAAUCGUCAAAGCCAGUUACAAGACUUAAGACGAUCAGACGACAGGAUGAAAAUCAACCGGGAGGAAAAAGCCAGUUUGGAUCAACUCUGGAAGAGUGCUUCUCAACUCAAGAUUCAAAGCCAUUUCGGACCCCUUACUCCCGCCAGUUCUCGAGUCAUUCGAACGGUCAGGAUUCCACCUACGUCAUUCCUAAACCGCCCCGUCUUGGCCUCGGACGUCGAACGAUCUUACAAGAAACUUUCUAGUUGGUUGAAUGCGGCCGGAUUGCGGAAAGAAAUCUACCUGAACAAACGUUACGAAAAACCUUUCCUCAAGCGCCGACGACUCAGGAGUGAGCGCCACCGAAGAAGGUUUGCCAUCGAGGUCCAAAGAAGAGUACAGAUUAUCAAUGUAAUGAGAAUGAAAGGGAUGUAA